UUUGUUUUGCCGUGAGUUUAGUUUGUUUUGCCGUGAGUUUUUGUUUUGCCGUGAGACUUGUGGGCCACCGUAGCAUUCUCAUUGGCCGAACGUGAUUUGUCUCGAGUGGUCACGCCAAACGCCGAAUUAAGCGAGAUCAAAUUAAUAUAACACUGAGGUGGAAUCAUAGUUAUAGCGCUUUUUGUGGGCUUACAUUGUAUAAAUUUGCAGAAUGUUAGGAAUAUCAAGGAGAAAAGCUUUCCAAUUAGGACAUUUCUUUCUUCAAAAAGGAUUCAGGGCAAGCUCAACGAAGACAACAAAGAGCGUUGGACUCGUUGGAACAGGAAACCUCGGCUCAGUGGUAGCCGUUGCUCUUAGGGAUGCUGGCAUACCGUUAAAGGCAUUUGAUCUAAAUCAAAAGAACUAUGAACUACUUCGAGACAACGGUACAGUGUUAGUAGACUCGGCAAAAGAAGCAGCAACAGAUGUAGACGUGCUCAUUACCGCGCUUCCAAAGCCACAGCAUGUCAAGGCGGUAAUGGAAGAAGGCGGGCUUCUUCAUGCUCUCAACAAGGGUAGCAUUUGGAUUGAUCAUACGACUACCGACUACAAUGAGACUAUUCGACUAUGCAAACUGGCUGAAAGUCUCGGAGUUCGUGGAAUAGAGGCCCCAUUGACGGGGGGUAUUACCCUCCUUAAGGAUAAAAUGAUGACAGUGUUUGUAGGGGGCGAAGAAAAAACCGCUCACGAAUGCAAGCCGGUGAUGGACACUUACACUGGAACCUUCUUGUAUUUUGGCCCAGUAGGAAAAGCCACAGUAGCUAAGGUGAUUUCAAACAUGUUGGCUGCAGUACAUUUGGUUUGCGCUGGAGAGGCGCUCAUGAUCGCAAAGCAAGCAGGCUUAGAUAUAGAGAAUUUCUUUGAUGGAAUACGCGCUAGCGCUGGKAAUUCUUAUGUGUUCGAAACAGAGGUACCUCUUAUGUUUAAAGACACGUACCACCCUGACUUUACCAUUGAUCUACAUUGUAAAGAUCUGAAUCUAGGAAAGAGCAUUUGCAAUUCUCAUGGAGUGUCCUGGGAUAAACUAGAAGUGAUGUCUGCUGGGGAAAAGAUGUAUCAGAAAGCACUAAAGAGGUAUGGCGAGAAUGUAGGUUCAAGCUACCCUGCCAAGAUGCUGGCGGACGAUCUACAAGUGUCUCAUCAUUUAAAGAACUGGGAAGAUUGGAGCUACUCUAUAGAGAAAGUUACUGGAGGGAGCUUUGGUGUUGUGCAGAAAAGAUCAAAAGUUCCUCUAAAUGGACCGGCGCCAUCAAAGGAACUUUCUUAGGUCACAUCACAGGGAGCCCGGCUUUGGGAUUUGUACAUGAAUAAAUGAAUCAAUAAAGUGCUUUGGGUUUCCUGUGUUGAGAUUUGAAACAAGGCGCUGAUACGUUGAAUUUCCGGUAAUCGUACUACCAGUAACUUGAUAGAAUAUUAACGUAACGUAUCAGUGUAACGCACGCCCUAGUAAAUGGUAAUUGCCAGCACUCGUCAUGUUGACAUUCAGACUGUGUUCCUCUAAAGCUCAUUAGCACUGGUCCCAUCAACCGCUGGUGCACAUGUAACAAUAAACUUGCCUUGUUUCAGCCCUUCUCUCUUUCUUACCAUUUACUAGGGCGUGCGUUACACUAAUACGUUAAAUUUGAAUUAUAAGCUGCUCUCGAAUUACUUACAUUAAUCUGCUAUCAAGUUACCAAAUCUCAACAUAGGAAACCCAAAGCACUUUAUUGAUUUAUUUAUUCAUGUACAGAUUCCAAAGCCGGGCUCCCUGUGUUAUGUAGUGACCGUUUGUAUACACUUUGUAUGGGUGUAUUGAGUUACGAUUAUUAYGUAAUGUCAUUAACAUAGGAAACGUGGUCGUUUUGAUGUAGCAUCACCAAGCCGGGCUCCCUGUGGCCUGCACGCUGGCUAUUAAAGGUCACAUACCCUUGGUGCCAAAGUUUGAAAGAUGCACAAGGGUUAAUGCCUUUCGUGGUCAGGUUCCACUAAGCUGGACAUCUCAAACUAUAACCAAUAAUUUAUAAUUUCAUAAUAACAUUUAAUUUUAUACAAUAUAUAUAUUUUGUUUUGCAUAGAAUAGUAUUUUGGAAAAUUCUGGAAGAUUUAGUGUCUUGAUACUGAACUAGAGUUUACAAAAAUAGAAGUAAAUUUUACCUUUUUGAAGUGAAAAAUGAUUGAGCUUUACAAAACUGAACGCUUUGCGAUGUGUCUACAUUGUUAACGACAUAAACAAGAAGGGUUUAACCUGUAGACUCUACAAAUGKUCGCGCAACAGAUACAUUGUUGUAACGUAACCAUAUUUGUCACGAGUCAUUUACAGGAUAAAUAUUGCCAUUUAGCCUCGUAAUGAAGAGCAUCAGAACGAGGUUUGUAGGCAAAAUAGAGUUCCUCCCUAGGCCAUAUAAAUGAUAAUUUUCUAAAUCUAUCACAUUGAUUCUUUUGAAAUAUUUGAAGCUUCGACUUUUACAUGAACCGAGUAUCUGAUAAAGUAUAACGUUUGAGAA